AUGCGGAACUCCGCCACCGUCCUCGAGUCCUCCCCGGACGUCCCGACUUCCCCGCAUUCAUCCCGCCCGGCCAACACGGAGAGCAACUGGUCUCCCAAGGCCCUGAUCCGACAUGCCGAGCGCUCGCACAGUCGCAUGCCCGGGAUCCGAAAGAUCCCGUUGCGCGCGAUCGCGGUGAUCUUGUUCGUGGCGUUGAUAAACGUGGUGGUUUGGAUUGCGGCCGCUAUCGUGUUGCGUUAUUAUCCGUCGUUGGUUUCGAAUGCCGUGCUUGCGUAUACCCUUGGUUUGAGACAUGCGUUUGAUGCGGAUCAUAUUUCGGCCAUCGAUCUGAUGACCCGGAGACUGCUGGCAACAGGCCAGCGUCCUGUCACUGUCGGCACGUUUUUUUCCCUCGGACACUCGACAAUCGUCAUCAUCACGUCCAUCGUGGUCGCGGCCACCGCAGCGGCCGUGUCCUCGCGCUUCGACAGCUUCAGCACCGUCGGCGGUAUCAUCGGCACGUCGGUCAGCGCCGCGUUCUUGAUCCUCCUGGGUCUGAUGAACGGGUACAUUCUGUAUAAGCUGUAUAUGCAGAUGCAGAAGGUGCUGGAUCUUCCGGAGGGCCAGGAAGACGAGGCGUGGAAGAUCGAAGGCGGAGGUGUUUUGUUUUCGGUGUUGAAGCGCAUGUUCAAGUUGAUUGAUCGUCCGUGGAAAAUGUAUCCGCUUGGAAUCUUGUUCGGUCUUGGAUUCGACACGUCCUCCGAGAUUGCGCUGUUGGGUAUCUCCUCGAUUGAAGCUGCCCGCGGGACUGAUUUCUGGGUUAUUUUGAUCUUCCCGAUUCUUUUCACCGCCGGAAUGUGUCUCCUCGACACCACCGACGGAGCCCUCAUGCUCUCCCUGUACAUCCAACCCGCGGCCAACUUCCUCCCGCCGAAACGCGAAAGCGUAUCCUCGCCACUGCUAGAGGAAAGCGAUGCCCACUCUGAUACCGAACAACCAGAAGAAGUCGAAUCCCAAAACCACCGCGACCCCAUCGCCUUCCUAUACUACUCGAUUGUACUCACCACGUUGACCGUGAUCGUGGCCAUCGUGAUCGGUAUCAUCCAGCUACUCACCCUCGUCUUGAACGUCGCCGAACCGACGGGCCGAUUCUGGGACGGUGUCCAGACCGCUGGCGACUAUUAUGAUGCCAUCGGUGGGGGCAUCUGUGGGUGUUUCCUCAUUUUCGGCACCCUAAGUGUGUUUGCGUAUAAGCCGUGGAGAAGAUGGAUUGCGAGACGGCAUGGGAAGACGUUUGUAGAGGAUGAAGAGGGCCAUGGUCAUGGUCAUCAGGAGGGGCAGUUGAGACCUGAUACGCCGAUUUUGAAUGAAGAGAGGGGGGGAUCGCCGGGUGUGAAUUAUGGGUCUGUGGUUGGGACGGGGAAGGGAGAGACGAGAGUUGCAGUUGCGGAGAGGAAUGAUGGACCGGCUUGA